GCGCAUUUGCAAUAGUUACAAACCGUAUGUACAAAUCAUUCUGCCCACACUGCGAGAAGCAACCACUGACUCUUAUGUGGGCUUCAGUAUGUGAGCAAAUAGCCCAGCACUACUUCACACAACUAAUAUAUAGCAUUGUCUCACCAGCAAAUAGACACAUGUACGUAUUUGAAUGAUUUUCAUGACAGCUCACUAGCUAAACGAAAAUAUGCAGGAACCUGUGAGUCAUGAUGAUGAUAUUAUAGAUGCGUCGCAGGGUUAAUGCCUCUACCACAGCUCCACAACACCUGGGAGUUCACGAUUGACAAUUCUCUCGUUCACACCCUCUUCUUGGAUCCGACUCUGUGGGCUGAGGCGGUUGUCAGACCAUACUCGCCCGCCAUUCUGUGUACACGGUGCAUGAAACUGGAUCUUUGGCAUGAAAAGUUCCAGAUCCACGAUAACACAAGAGAACUUGAGGCUCGAUCAAGGAGCUGCGACUUCUGCAGCAUGCUAUGGGGGAAAUGCAACGGAGUCAUUCAGGGUCGUGACCAGAAGAUCUACUUCGACAGAAGCGGGUCGCACCUGAGACUCAACGAAGGGUACCCACCCAUAUUGACACUCAAUGAAGGCCCCAGCCUGGUACAGAAAGUCAAGAAUUUCGAAGGCCACCUUCAAGGAGGCCUUCCUCAACUUCCGCAACCUGGUGGAGCCGCUCACAUCAAGCUCAUCCGGCAAUGGCUGACGGACUGCGACUUGAAUCACGCUGCCUGUGGCAAGAACCAGAACAGGUCGCUUCCAACCAGACUUAUUCAUGUUGGAAACCAGGACACACCGGAACUCAGACUAAUUGGUACAAAAUCUACGGACAGUAUGUCAUAUACUGCUCUAUCGCAUCCAUGGGGAGAUCCUCCGCAUUUCCGCACUCUCCGAUCCAAUAUCUCGCGCCACACCACGGGUAUGGAAUUUGAUAGUCUGCCCCGUACAUUCCGACACGCAGUCACAAUCACCAGAGCCUUGGGAUUGGAGUACCUGUGGAUCGAUUCCAUAUGCAUCAUUCAAGGCAAAGACGGCGAUUUCAAGGAGGAGUCUACCCGUAUGGAAGAUGUCUUCAGCAAUGCAUACUGUGUCUUGGCAGCAAGCUCGUCCACGGGGCAGGAUGAUGGCUUCCUCAAGCAACGUUCCCAGAGACAAAGCAUCUCGUUUCAGCAAGAAAACAAGCCGCCAGUGUUUGUGUCUGAAUUUAUUGAUGACUUCAAUCGGGACGUUCUAGAGAGCAAUCUCAAUGGUCGUGGCUGGGUUUUGCAAGAAAGGGCACUGGCGCGAAGAACCAUUUAUUUCACCGACACGCAGACAUAUUUCGAAUGUGGCAAAGGCGUCUGGGCCGAGACCAUGACAAAAAUGCACAAUACACUCGCGUCGUUUCUGGGCGACCCGAAUUUUCCGACCGUCGCCAUGGAGUCGUCCCGCGGGGGCAAAAUCCUGCUGCAUCAGGAUCUGUGCAUGAGGUACUCCCGCCUUGCUCUCACUAGGCAGACCGACCGCCCUUUUGCAAUAUCUGGACUGGAGAAACGACUCGUGGAGAGCUUUGCUUUCACUGGUGGCUUCGGAGCCCUGCACGAUGAAAACAACCUCGGCAUCCUCAGGAGAAGCAUGCUCUGGCGUCGCGCUUCUGAAUGCGUGUCGAUGAAGAAAAUCGAGUUUGACGGCGCCGCGCCACCGACGUGGUCAUGGAUGACAUAUGAAGGCCAGAUUGAAUACCUCGAUCUGCCCUUCCGCAAGAUGGACUGGGCCAGCUUCAAACACGAUCUCCAACCGCCCUGGACAGGUAGUGGUCCGAAGAGGUGGUACAGCGGUAACGAUCCUCCGAAGACUAGCAUGAUGACUGUCAUUGUCAGGGAUCUAGAGCCGUCUUCUUCCUUGAUGGUUCAGGUGCCCCGAAUCAUACUGGAUGUGACUGAUGGAGCGAGCUCUCGAAAACCGACCAAAUGUGUGGUGUUGGGUAGGCUCAUGGAGCCCUCGGAGGGUCCUCAAGAUGAUGUUCGGACAAGUCUGGCCGUAUUGCUAGUAUCCGCCGAGUCAUCGAGGGUAGAUUUUGGAGUGCAGGUAUAUAACAGAGUUGGUGUUGCGUUUGUACCUAGUACCUUGGUGAACACAGCAAGAGAUGGGUCGAAAGGAUUUUUGACGUAG